GACGACAGGAGUCACCUGCUGGACAAAGAUGAAACUAGUCGGCAUUGCUGGGGCCGCCACCGCUGCACCCUGAUAGCAACAGCGGUGAUCCUGCUCGUGGGCGCGGCUGGUCUCGCCAUGCAUUCCGUGGGGAGUCGGGCUCACAGAGGGAAAUCCUUGCUCCUCACAAACAAGCCGAAGUCCGACCAGCGGCAGUAUCAGUACACCGAGCUCUCGAAUGGCCUUCACGUCGUGAACAUCCAGGACGAGAACAGCCAUCAGAUGGCCAUGGCCAUGGCACAGAGCCCAGAAAACCCCCAUGAAAGGGCCAACAAAAAGGGCUCCUAUGAUGUCGUGGGCCAGCUGCAGUUUGCAGAUCCUCCGUCGGUGGACGAGCUGCGCAAGAGAGCCGCAGCCGGAGUUCCGGGCUCUCGAUUUCAGCUGCUUCGUGGCUCCUCUGUCUUGAAAGAGGAUGAGACGGUCUCUGGCGGGACCGUGGAGCGUCCGGUCCUGCUGACUCUGGUUAUCUUGCCUGCUGCCGGUGCAGAUGGGGGAGCGGAGGUCCGUCCUCUUGUCCUGGAGGACCCCAUUAGCGAGCAAAUGGAUAUCUUGGUACAUGACAUGCGAACUGGCGAGGACUCUUUACUGCCUCUUCGUUACUUUCUGGCUGCAGACGGAAAGGCACACUUGGGGGUACUUGCCUCAGAGGCUGCUCAGAUGGUGGGUGCCGAUCCGCUAGCUUUUGCUUCCCUCGCCACCGUUUCUGCUGUCUUCCCUGGUGAAGAACAGACGCAGGCGGCUCUGCACGAUUCGGUGGAACUGUGGGAGGUCAUUGGUGGAGCUGCGCGCGAUGGCAUCCUGGUCAGAACUGGCUGGUCUUUGAGCUCCCCAGAGCUUUCGGAAAGGCUGGGCAAGGGAGCCAUCAUCCAGCAGAAAGACAUCCGCGGAGACCGUCUCCUUUAUGCCAAGGUCUCUGGCUCCGGGCCCCGGGAGGGCUGGGUCUCGCUGCGGUCGCGCGGGCGCGGGCUCCUGGCGAAGAGGGCGGCCAGAAAGGAGCCGCACCGGGCAGUGGUGAAGCUCCUGCACCUCCACACGGCCUUGGCGACAGCUUCUUCCGACUGGAAGAGGAGGCACCCGGUGGUAGAGCUCAUCCAGGAGAUCUGCAGCCGCUUGGAGUAUCUGGCCUUGACCGCCUUGCCUACGGAUCCCAGAGCACAGGAGGCCUUCACCGAAGCCGUGAAAGCGGGAAGCCACGACGACCCGCGCCAGCUGCCAGGACUAGCGCACUUUUGCGAGCACAUGCUGUUCCUGGGCACGGAGAAGUAUCCCGAGAACAGUGGCUUCGAUCAGUUCCUCAUGAAGUACGGUGGAUCCUCGAAUGCUUUCACAGCAUCAGAGGUCACCGUGUACUUCGCGGCUGCCUCCUCUGAUGCUGCCCGGGAGGGGCUGGAUCGAUUCGCCGACUUCUUCCGCGCCCCGCUCUUCAAGCAGGACGCAUCCGGUGAUGGGAUCCCAGCGCCACAGACCUCGAACUGCCUGGGGGCUCCCGCGUUGGAGCGGCAGAUCUUCUCAACGUGCCUCUCCGACAUCGAAGUCGCAGACUUCGUCGCGCUGGACUUAGAGUUCUCGGGACUCUUUGUCGAUCACCAGCGGGGCCCGCAGGUACUGGAGGCCUACUUUGCCCGUUGCGUGGAGAGCGUACCCAAGUUUCUGGCCUUGCAGCUCGGGUUGUGCUGCGUCCAGUUUCAGAAAGAGAAGCAGGUCUGGGAGCUCCGAACGCAUGAGUUUGACCUCUGGCCCCAAGAUCGGCGGCUGUUUACGGUGGACUUGCAGUCGCUACAAUUUCUGCGCACCCAUGGUUUUGACUUCAAUGCCUUUCUGGAGCGUGCCCAUCCUUAUUCCAGGCUUCCACCAUUGGGCCACAAGCUGGCCGGCAAUGCGCACGUGAAGGCUACGCCGGUUCUCCAAGCCUUGAGGGACGCCAAGGUGCCAGUGGUGUUGCACAAUGGCCUCUUGGACAUGCUGCACCUCUACGACAAGUUCCUUGGCGACCUGCCUGCGGAUCCAGAGUCCUUCGGCAAGGCCUGGGUGGAGCACUUCUCUCUGCUCUUCGACACUCGCGUGCUGGCACAGGAUGGGCGGCUGGAUGUGCUCCAGCAUGCAGGGGGCUUGAGCCUCGAGACCUUGCAGAAGCACCUGCAAAGCGAGCUGCACGGCCUGAGCAUAGAGCGGUGCACCACCAUCGCGAAAGCGGCCCAUUCCGCAGGCUACGAUGCGACUGUCACGGCCGAGGUUUUCUUGAUGGAAAUGGACCGCUGGAUUCGGCACGUGAAUCAGAAGGCGAUGCCGGAGGAGGAUGCCAAGGAGCAGCACCCCAACGGGCGCAAGCGCAAGCGCUCUUCGGAAGGCGUUGAGGGCCUUUCUUGCCCAAGCCUGCUGGAAAGUCACGAGGCCUGCCGACGGUUCCAUAACCGUGUGGCGCUGGUGAGCACCUCACCGGGCUCCAUGGACCUAGUGCCCAAAGAGGCCGAGCCUGGCGAUCCUGAGACGACGGCAGGAUAG